CCAAUGAGCAAAAAGAGGGAUGAUCAAACGUCUGAGUCCAUCCAAUGAGCGCACUGUACAGAAGGCGGUAAUGCGUAUGGCGGAAGUUAUGAAGACGUUCUAAGUUAAAGGAUGAGAAGUGUUUGAACUUUGAAAACAACCUAGAAGUAUAAUCUUUAAUAUUAUGUGCUCCAGUCUUGUGCAGUGAAUCCUGUUUAUAAUUUUUUUAGAUAUAAUACGAAGCACACACGUUCUCUUUAUAGGGCUCAAAGAAAUAAAUGCGCCAGAUGCUGCUUGUCAGACGCCAGCCAUGAAGUGUGUGGUGGCCGGCAGUAACGUGAAAGUGCUGGGCAAAGCAGUUCAUUCACUUUCUCGGAUUGGAGAUGAACUUUACUUUGAACCUGUGGAAAGUGGGUUGGCACUGAGGACCGUGAAUUUGUCACGCUCAGCAUAUGCUUGCUUUCUCUUCAACCCGCUGUUUUUCCAACAAUAUGAUGCAGAAGCACCAAAAGAGGACUCACAGUUCCGAUGUAAAAUAGCAAUGAAGUCUGUGCAAACCAUCUUUAAGUCACUUUCCACUUUAGAAAAGACUGUAGAAAAGUGUCGAAUUGAUCUAAACCUUGAGCGCAGCAGAUUGGUCUUUCAGCUGCUCUGCAAAUAUGGAAUCACAAAAACACAUAAAUUGUCCUUCCAGGAGUGUGAAUCUUUGCAAGCUGUUUUUGCCAAAGAAGAAUGUGUUGCCAUCCUGAAAGCCCAGCCCAAGCUGCUUGUGGACACGGUGAUGAAUUUCCCUGCCACCUUGGAGGAGGUGAAUGUUACUGUCACUGGUGAGCGGGUCCUCUUCAGAAAUCACCUGGAGGAAGAGCAAGAUAUAACUAAAUUGAUGGUGACUGAGAUGAGCCUUGCAGCUGACGAAUUUGAUCAUUUUGAAGCACAAGAAGACAUUAGCAUCACUUUCUGCCUAAAGGAACUGCGGGGCCUGCUCAGCUUUGCAGAAUCAUCUGGACUGCCUAUAAACAUCUACUUUAAUGACCCUGGCAGGCCAGUGAUUUUCAGCCUUGAUGAUCCCGUCCUUGAAGUGAACUUUGUCUUGGCGACUUUAUCAGAUGAGGACACCAGACCCCAUGAACACACUGUAUCUGGUGCAAAAAAGCGAUGUCCUCCACAGGCAGACACUGCUAACAGUACAUUUCUCAGUGAUGACAUUGACGCUUACAUGAUUGAGAUGGAAACAACUGGUUUGGAAGAGAAACAGGAGCUGCCAGCUGACAUGCCUAGCUGCAGUACCGAAAGGGGAACCCAUCAUGCCCUAGACUGCUUUCAGGAGAAUUCAGGAAGUGACACUGAGAGUGAAGAGGAUAUACCAGGAACACCUCCCCAAAAGAAGUUUCGUUCUCUGUUCUUUGGCUCAGUCCUCUCUCCCGCCUCUCGGGGACCUGACCAGACAUUACUGAAUCAGGAAGUACUAGCUGAAGCCAGUGAUGAAGAUGAGGCACCCAAAUGAGGACUUUUUGUUUUAACCCAGUUUGCUCAAGAUAUGCAUCUUCAUGAAUGCAAAUGAGGUAGAGGUUGUUACAGCCAGUGGGCCUGCACAUUGAAAGGUACAAUGGUGGGUUCCGUGUUGGUCUCUGGAGUGAAUUACGUUUCAAAAUAAUCACAGUUGUGACUAGACCUAGCACGGACAAGUCCACAAAUCUGAGGACCUGGUAUGGUGUGGCAGGUCUCUAUACUGGUGGAGACCACAGACAGUAUAUAUAAUACCGUUUUUCCAUUUCAAUAAGGAUAACCAAGGGGCAAAAUAAAAAACAAAACAAGAAGCCACUUGUUUCACACAUGUGGGUUUUAUUACUAGAAAGUCUGUUAUACAGAAGUUGCUCAAGUAUUGUAAACAGGGUAAAAAAAAAAAAUA